AUGCAAGCCGUGGAAGUGGGAAGAGGCGAUGGGUUCAGUGGCCGUACUUGGAUGUGGGAGCGCCGACGAUCGCUGCCUUAUGACGGGCCUCGUCGCGUGGAUCUCUCCUGCUCAGGUAGAGAUCAGCUUUUGGGCAGACACUCCAGAAGAGAACGAAGAGGCAGAUUAGGACGGAACGGCGGGUCGGCCGGCCGGUUAGGCCAUGGUAAACAGCGGCGAACGACCGUGUUUGACGAGGGCCCCGUUUGGGAACGGCCAGAUCGAUCGGGACGACCGAAAUUGGCUAGCUACUCGUUCGUUAAGCAGUCGUCAUCUGCAUCAGCAGUCUACUAA